AUGGGUGUUUGUCAAACAAAAGUUAGAAAUUCAAAGAAAUAAAAUACAUAGACUUCUUAAACUCUAAUCAGAAUAAAGACUGAAGUUACUGAGAUUUCUGAAAACAUGCCUAGAAGAAGAAUGAAUCUUUAAAUAGAUCCAACCAAAAAUAGUGAUAAUAAUAAGACAUCUCCUCUUUCUGAAGGCAUAAUAAUCACUUAAAGAGCAAAAAGAAGAAUCACUUUGAAGAAAUAAGGUUCAAAUAAUUAUACUGCUACAACAAGCAGUUCAAAUCAUAUUCUUUUACCUGGAUGUGCAUUCAAAAAAUAUUCACUGAUCAGAAAAAAGUAAGGAAAUCAUGUAAAUAUCUCAUGUUUUAUAUAGUCUAUAUCAAUAAUCUCAAACAAUAAGACAGGUAAAAUAAUGUAAUUAGAGACAUUUCGAAAAGAUGAUCCAGAGUGUUCAAAUUACAUAGAAUGGCUUAUGAGAAACAAGAUAGUAUUUAUUUUAUUCAUAUUUUAGGAUCACCCAAACAUUAUAAGAGUAUUAGAGAUCUUUUAAGAUAAUAAAUAUUAUUAAGUUGUUUCUGAACAUUUUGAGGAUAAGGAUUUAUCUGAUUUAAUGGCUGAUGGCACAAAACUAUCAAAGUCUUAAGUAUCAUAAGUCUUAAAUCAAAUGAUGCAAGCAAUUCAUUAUUUGCAUUAACAAUAAAUUUAUCAUGGUGCUAUAACAAUUAAUUCUUUUUCUUAUUAAAAGAAAUUAGAUGGAAUUAUUGUCAAAUUAUCACACUUAAAGAAUAUAGUAAUUAAAGUAGAAGAUGAUAUAGAAGUACUUAAAUAUACUUCUCCUGAAUGUAUUUAUCAUCCUGCUUAGAAUGAAGCAAGAGAUGUAUGGGCUAUUGCAUUAAUAGGAUUGACAUUAAAAAAAGGGGGUCUUCCUUAUGAAAUACCUCAUCAUGUAACAUAAGAAAAAUUAAGGAUGUUAGUUAAAAAUAACAUAUUUAAAUUUGAACAUAAAAAGGAUCUAGCAUUUAAAGAAUUUCUUUCUCAUUCUUUGAAUAAGAAUCCAUUAAAAAGAUUUAAUAUAGAAUAAUUAUUAAACUUACCAUUCAUAACUAAUUAUUAAUAAAAAUAGAAAACUGAAUAAGAGAUCUUACUUAAUAAUCUUUUAGAAGCAAAACCUUGUUGUCUUUUAUAAUAAUUAAUUAUUGGUUUCUUUGUAUAAGAAUUUAAUUGGGAAGAAUAUUUAUAGAUUUAAAAAUUAUUUUUAGAAGGAGAUGUAGAUAUGGAUGGAUUGAUGACUAAGACAGAAAUUAUUUAAUUAUUUAAUAAAUAUAUGAAAAUUUAGAACAUUGAAGAGAAAAUAGAUAAUUUAUAUUAAGAACUUGAAUUAGAAGAUGAGAUUAAUUCAAAUUUAUUUUUAGCUCUAACAGCAACAAGAAAAGAUGUAUUAUCAACAUCAAAUAUUGAAAUUUGUUUUGAGAUAUUUUCUCUUAAUUCUUCAGAAAUAACUCUAAAAGGAUUGAAAAAAUAUCUAAAUUCUGAUAUAGAUGAGAUCACAAAUGAACUAUCUCGUUUAACAGAAAAUUAAAACUCAGUAUUAUUUAAUUUUAUUUUAGUUAAAUUACCAACAGUUUUCUAAAAUCUUAGAAUUGAUGAUCUGA